ACUCCAUCGUAUAUCACUCGGACCAGGAUCCGGUCACCGGCAGUAUGGGACUCAAACUGGAGAGCAAUACUCGCAGACUCCUGGUGGAUGACCGUAAGGAGGUCUACUACCGCGCCGAGGUGCAGAACCGCUGCUACCGACGUGAGGUCAUCCAACUGGAGAGAGAGGUCACCGCACUGGAGCGAGAGCUGAACACGGCGCUCGGGUCACCGGACAGCUCCCGGUCAUCGCAGAGCUCGUUGUCCGGGGAGUACCCGGCUCGCCCGCCGUGCCCAGCCGCGCCGGAGCCGGCAGACCGGGAAGACGUGCUCCUGCUGCUGCAGUUCCUGCCGCCGGGUCCGGCGCUGCUGGCCCCGCCCGCCAGUCGGUCUCUGUGCGCCUCCCUUCCCUCCCUGCACCUCCCUGACGGCGGACCGGGCCUGUGCCGGCGCCUGCCACCCGCCGGUAGUUCCACCGAGCUCUGGCGGCCCUCCCGGACCGCCGGCCGCCGUAAGGACCGACUGGUAGUGCCCACCUACCGAGUCAGCGAUUUGAGCGUCAUCUCACCGAGCGCGAGCCUGCCGCCGCCGAGACCCGACUCCCGGGAGCGGCACUGCGCCGUCCAGGAGGGCGUGCGCACCCUGGAGAGCACCCUGGAGAGUCUCAGUGACCGGUUUCCCGUCACCUACCGGAUACAGAUCCGGCCGAAACCGGCAGCGACCUCCGCCGCCGCCAACGGCCGCCUGUAGCGCCGUCUGGUGGCCGGCCGGGAGGACGCUGGCUGGAUGGACGGCGGCAGAGGUAGGUGGCGCUGAAGAGGACGUCUUCAAGUCACUUCUGACUGCUGUUCUACAGCCGCGGUCAUUGGCCAGGGAGCAUCGACUGUGACUUCUGAACUGUUUGUCGCGCAGGCUACACCACUGUGCCAACUGGCUAGUGCUGGGCCCGCAUCAAUUCCCAGGGAUUAUCGAAGUUGACCAGUUGCAGCUGGGCCGUCAGAAUUUGCUGCGUUGACCACAUCCUGGCUAACGGCGAGCGAGCAGGCAAAUUUGAGAAGUGAUAAUUAUUGAUGCGCUCGACCCACACACACUUGUUUUACCUAAUCAGACGGUUUGUUGCAUGUUUACAUCAGACAUGUCCUACCAGCUAUUCAGAUGCAGAGCAGUCCAUGAAGUUUUAAUGUAAUUUUAAUUUCAUUUGUUACUCUUUUAACCAGCAUUUUUUUUUAGAAUCAUAACCCUCAGGUACAAUUGAGGUCACGUGUCGCACCUAAAUAAGUCAGGGAAAUGACUAAUGUGAAAAUGCCUGUUCGAUGUCGGUCUCUGAGCGUUUGUAGUCAGAAGUUGUUAUAUAUUCGUGGAUUUGCUUUGCAUUGCCCAACUCCAAAAUAUAGCCCGCUAAAACGUUGCCAGCUGUGAGACAUGGCUGGAAAAGAACCAUCAACUUUUUCUUGGUUGCCAGCGUGAGAAAUCUGUUUGGUGUUUUAUUGAGCUUCUCAGGUGCCUGUGGAUACACAUAAUUGCUUUGAACUUGAUUACUAGCAUUAUGUGAUUCAUUUGUUUUUUGUUUUUGUUUAUUGCUGUUGUUUGACCACAUCAAUAUGUUCGCGUGUUAAUUCCACCUAACAUCAUUAUCAUUGUUCGGAAGCAAUAGAUGUCCCAAAGUACAAAAGGUGAAGUGGACCUCUGUCCUGUCGCUACUUUGAUUGUUUAUUCAACUGACGUACCAAACUUUGUCAAUAAUUGGAUAAAUACCUAUAUAAUACUGUUAUGAUGUUGAAUGUUUGUGUGUAGCGCUGACAUGUCAGGGUAACUUGAACCCAACACCGCAACUCACGAUUGAGGAAGUGGGAUGUGUUUGGCAUUUGGGAGCAAUGCAUUCAGUGUGAAAUAUGUAGAGCAGACAUUGGCACAUUUGAAUGUAAAAUACAUAUCGACCAGUGA